AUGGUUGGGAAAACAUUAACCACAGUCGCAAUUUCUGAGUUUCCUCAUCGAUCUAUGCUGUUAGUGUUUGAGGAAGCUAAAUUGAGUAGAGUUCUUGAGGUGGAAAAUGUUUGGAAUGCUAUCAUUUUAGUCGAUGAAUCUGAUAUAUUUCUUGAACAUCGAAGUAAACAUGACAUCGAACGAAAUGCUCUAGUAAGUACAUUCUUAAGAUUACUCGAAUAUCAUCAAGGAAUUUUAUUCUUGAUAACAAAUCGAGUUCAAUUUCUUCAAUACCACUUUCAAAUAUCGAAUUCCGACUUUAACCAACUUGAAAAGGUUCCUGAUGAGCUUUCCGUUAUCAUCACUUAUUGUGAAAGACUUAGAGAUGUAUUAUUAGAAGGCAAUUUGGAUAUUGUUGAUGAUAGUAAACAAGAAUUUUUUGAUAUAUUAGUUAGCGCAGAUAGAAUUAAUUCUCCAGUUCGAAAACAGAGACUACCCGAAUUACAAAUUUUCGACUUUAGAAUAAUAAAUUUUGUUGCUAAUAUUCAAGAGCCAGAUUACGAAAAUAAAAGCAAUUCUAAUGAGCCUCAUUACAUAAUAACUUUGAAUUAUUCGUGCCUCACAAAAUUAGAUAAUGUUGAAUCAGAUAAAAUCAAAGUUGAUGAUAAUAAUUCAGCAUUAGUCAUUGAACUUGUCAAACAGAUAAUUCGAAAUUUUGGACUAAAAUGCGAAUUUAAUGAUAAAUCAAUUCCAAAUUAUCCAGAAAAUUUUAAACUGGGAACAAAUAAUGUUUUCCAAGAUGCUAAUUUACUUUCUCAAGCAUUAAUUAAUUAUUCAUUAAAUGAUCUCAUUUCCUGCAUUCAAGGAUAUGAAAAUUAA